CACUAUUGUCGUUUGUUUACAACCCAGGGACUUCCUGCUUAGCGUGGGGAGCUAGUUUUAACUAUAGGAACCCAACUGCUUAAUUUAACACCACAGGGAAGCCUUCAAGAUGGGAUGUGAUGGCGGAACGAUUCCUAAGAGGCACGAGUUGGUAAAAGGACCCAAAAAAGUUGAGAAGGUUGAUAAAAAUGCAGAGCUGGCGGCCAAGUGGAAGCACUGCGCCCUGAGCCAGGAGAAACUCAGACGCCCCAUAGUUGCUUGUGAACUGGGAAAACUCUAUAACAAAGAUGCUGUCAUUGAAUAUCUUCUGGAUAAAUCUGCCGAGAGACCCAACGCAGAGGCUGUUACACACAUCCGUGGGAUAAAGGAUAUCAAGGAACUCAAUUUGACUGAUAAUCCUGAAUGGGAAGGUGAGAGAAGCAAUAUUAAAGGUGACAAAUAUGAGGACGUCCACUGUGGCAUGUUCAUCUGCCCAGUUGUUGGACUGGAGAUGAACGGCAGGCAUAGGUUUUGUUACCUGCAGACCUGUGGCUGUGUCUUUUCUGAUCGGGCACUGAAGGAGGUUAAGACAGAAAUUUGCCAUAAGUGUGGGGACCCUUUUAAAGAGGAGGAUGUCAUUGUGCUCAAUGGCACCAAGGAGGAUGUGGAGAAGCUGAGGGAGAAGAUGGAAGAGAGACGAGCCAAAACCAAAACUAAGAAAUCAAAGAAGACCAAAGCCGCUGAGGCUGUGUCGACGCCACAAGAGUCAAAGGGCAACACACAGUCACCACAGGAAGAUACAGCAACAGGAGCUUCAGUUCAAAAUGGCGGUGAAGCCGGCCAGCUAGCUGUUGCCGGGUCUUCGGGUUCGUCCGGCUCCUCCAAAGUCACCAAAUCUUCGACGGCCCCUGGCAGCAAGAGGUCCAUCCAGGAGAUGAAGGAGAAGUCGGAGGCCUUCAAAUCCCUGUUCACCAGCCACAGCUCCGCCAAGCGCACCAAAGAGCAGACGUCCAACUGGGUCACCCACACCCCGUAUCACUUCUAGUAACUGGCGCUGAUUUGUGAUGCGUUAGUCAGCACCGCUCGCUGCACACAAACACACGCGUGCACACAAAGAGACACCCAUUCACCGCUAAUGUGCGGCCGUAUCCCUGACAUGUCCCUCAAGUUCCCAGUAGCUGAGUGUUUACAUGUUGUGAACAUAUGUUAAUGGCUCCCCAGGCUGCUCAGACUUUGUUUUGCAACGUAAUUCUCCCACAUGUAUUCUCCACACCUCUGUUCAUUUAGAGGUAUUUUGAGAUUUGGUCCAAACGUCAUCCUUUUCACUCUGCUGUCCCCUAGUGCUCACAGGGCAAAUUUUGCUCUCUACACACUACUCUCCUCUCCUACUGAAUGAGAACUGUUCCCUGUAUGCAAACCCAUCAACCUUGAGCAACAUCAUGAACUUCAGGAUGUUUUUAUUGUUGUUAUGUUAUGUUUUUGUUUUUUUCUAAAAGUCUCUUUGAUCUGAUGAGUAAGAGAAUUUAGGUUUUCAAUUUGUAAUUUGCAAAGUUUAGUUAAGCUGCAAUAUCUCAUGUUUUUACACCUCUUUGUUUUAGCGAUUAUAAGAGUUUUAUUUGUAAUAGACGGUCAAUCUGAUUCUUUUUUGCAUGUAAUGACAAAAUGUCAAUAAAUUUCUACUCAGACACAA